AUGCCCAGUUGUUGUGGAAAUCAUUGGGCAUUUUUGGAAAGAACACCAAUCACAAAGGAAGAUUUGGAAGUCGCUAAGAGAGCCAAAGACCUGGUUCGUAAGUGGCGUGACAUGAUAACACCUCAUGCUUCUGUGGGGGCUGAUGGGGGAACAGGACGAAGUCAAAAUGGUACUCGGCCAUCCAUAGGUACUGGCCGAAUCGUAAGUCCUGCAAUUGGACGAUCCCUUAGUCCAGGCUCAUGGAAUAGAAGUUGUCCAAUUUCUCCGGCAUUAAGUCUGAAACGAUCCCAGCCGUCUUCACCGACUUCUAGAAUAAAUUCCAUGUCACCUGAUAAUAGAUUAUCAUUGUCUCCAGGUAGUCAACGUCAUGUAGUUUCACCGAAUAUUUCACCCCAAUCUCAAAUUCCAUCUUCCAAAUCAAAUCAAUCACUGCAGUUACCACAUUCAAGUGGUGAACAUGCCACGGCGAACUUUGGUUCCGGCAUUGGUAUCUCGAGGACACCAGAACAGUCAACUUCAUCUCCUCCUCCCCGGGGACGAGGGCGACCGCCUUUAAAUCGGACCACAAUGAAUGUACUGAAGAGUCCGUCCCGUCCUCGCGGACGACCGCCUUUGGACCAUUCUGACUCAGAGGUUCACAGGGGGCGCGGAAGGCCUCCUUUGGAUCCUUCAAAAAUAGAGCAACGUGGACGCGGCAGGCCUCCUUUGUCGAGUCCUCCUUCUGGAGUUCCUAGAGGGCGGGGUCGACCUCCAAAGAAUAAAAAUAAACUUAAAUAUAUAACUUCUUCGGAAUCUAAUCAAAAUAGUAAUUUAGUGCCUAAAAACAGUCCAGCAAACAAGCGCUUAAGAAAGUCAUCGGAGGAAGAGGAAGAUAGAAUAUCUAAAAAACAAAAACUAAAUGGUGUUUACGACUGCAAAGUGCCAGAAAUAAUUAAUUUGAAUGAGGAUAAGACGGGUGAAGAUCCGAGUCAAGUGCCUAGUGAACAAACUGAUUUUCCAAGGAAACGGGGUCGAAAGAAAGGUUCAAAAAAUGCACCCAAAAAUAUAUCAUUCAAUAGGUACGAGGACGAUGUGGUCAAAGAAAAAAUGGCUUCCAUCGUUCGAAAUCCGAAGGUGAAAACGACAAGAGAGUUAUUGGAGUGUAUACAAAAAGAAUCUAGUUUAGACAAUUUAAGGAAUAAGACUUGGUCGAGUUUGGGAGUCGACGGUGAAAAAUCAAGGAACACGAGUCCAAGCCAUAAAUUAUUUAACAAAAAUGAAAUUAGCGAUUACGAUAUGACGCUGUCGAAAACGGAACACAUUCACAAGUUUCUCAGAUCCCAAAAUGAGGCCGAAGACGAUUUCGGUCACAAAUCGAUGGAAAACGAGGAUCAUAAUAGUAGGAGUAGGGACGACGACGUCAAAGGGGAAAUUUUGGAAUCGAAUUUUAAACCCGACUCGCGACCCCAUUCGCGAGUGUCUGAUUUAAUACUAGUUCCCGGAGUCGCAUCGGAAUCUUCAAAAUCUCUCGAAGUAUUAGAGCCCGUUGAGGAGGACAUAAUUGACGUGGAGAAAAUCGACGGAGGAGAAGAGGACAUCCCACCAAAGGAAAAAAAAUUAGAAACGGUCGAAGAAAUAUUAGCAAAAUUACCAUUAAUAAAUCCGGAAGAAAUACUAUGGUCGGAUUCGGAAUCGAGUAGUUGUAGUAGCGGGGAGGAUGAGACCCGUGAAGUUAAAGUUACCGAGAGAGACGUCGACUGCCUUCACAGCCAACACAUAGAAGGGGUUAACGGGAACUGGAACGACGGAGCAUUCGUCGAAAAUUUAAAUCACGGUUUAAAAGUUCCAAUAGAGGAUAUAAAUGACGGUGAUAAAGAACCGAAACCAAAUUUAAAACCAAAUAUGGAGACUGUUGGUAAUAAUAAUGAACAAUUAGAUAGAAAUUCAAAUAAUUUAGAUGUUAUUAAUAGUAAAGGAAGUCAUAAUGAUAAUUUUCGGGAAUGGCAAGAAUGCGUCUCGAAAACUUCCUACAACGGAGAAUUGUUACACAUUUUGCCUUACGUUAUAAUUGAUUAA